AUGCGGGUAUGUAAUCAAGGACGUCCUGCUUUGAUGGCAUCCAACUCAACAUCGAUAUAUUUUAUAAAAGACGCGAUCCAAUAUUAUGAUAUAAUUAUAAUUGAUGAUUUGGUAUGUAGUUACACACCGUUUCGUAGAAUACCUCCUAAAUUGGAUGGAAAAGAAGAUAAUAACUUUGAAUAUUUAACAACAAUUUAUUUUUUUCCAUAUUCUGAUCAUGUUGUUGUAGAAGAUGAAUUUAUAAUGGUUGAAUGUUUUUAUAAACAAAAACUGAUUUAUACGGAUUUCUUUGCUUUCGUACCUUUAAAAAGUUCGUACGCCGUGCGAAAUGACGAGGAUUUUAAUGUAUUAUUAAUGGGUUUUGAUGGUACAUCUCGGUUAAAUUUUUACCGACAUUGGCCACACACUAGAGAUGUGUUACAACAAUUCGGUGCUGAAGAAUUAUUCGGAUAUAAUAAAGUUGGUGGUAAUAGUUUUGCAAAUUUAAUGCCUCUGUUGGCUGGAGUAUCUUUUAGUGAAUUGAGGGAACUGUGUUGGCCGGAAAAUACGACGUAUUUUGAUGAUUGUUCAUUUAUUUGGGAUGUAUACAAACGGAACGGAUAUGUAACAGCCUAUGCAGAUGAUACAUUUGAACAUGGUCUUUUUCGUGAUUCAGGUUGUAUGGGAUUCAAAAGGGAACAACACACCGAUUAUUUGUUCGAUUAUUUUAUAGCAUUAGCUGAAUUGAAAAUUGGAAACAAUAAAGAGGGAUAUUUUUAUAAUUGUAUUGGAUCAAGAGAAACUUACAAAGUUUUUUUAAAUUAUAUUGAACAAUUUCUUGAUAGAAUGAGUAGACAUCGAUUGAAAUUUUUUGGUAGUUUUUUUGAAACUGUUAUGUCGCAUGAUAGUAUUUUUAAGCCAAAAAUUUCAGAUACCACCAUAUCAUUGUUUUUUAAUAGUACACUAAUGGAGAAAAUACUUGAAAAUACAAUUUUAGUAGUUUAUAGCGAUCACGGGGCACGUUUUGGUAAAUUCAGAUACGGUUCAUUUCAAGGCUUUAUUGAAGAUUUGCUGCCGUACAUUGCAUUUUAUUUCCCAGACUCAUUCAAAAAUCGUUACAAAUCGCUUUAUGACAAUUUUAAAAUUAAUAGGUACAGAUUAACAACACCAUAUGAUAUUCACAAAACUUUGUUGGAUUUAUUCCAACUCAGUGAUACGACUCAAACUCAAACAACUAAUAUUAGAUACUCUAAAUACUACAGUUUGUUUGAAAAAAUACCCGAAAAUCGUAAUUGCGACGACGCCAACAUUCCUUUAGAAUAUUGCGCUUGUGGAUAUAGCACACAAGUUGAAACAAUAUCUGAAACGUUUGAUUGUUACAAGUCUGCAUUACUGAUUGUUGAUACAAUCAAUAAAAUGAUACCACAAAAUAAAUGUUUAAAAUUACGGUUGCAUAAAUUGUUGUCUUCUCGAGUAGAAAUUGUGAACGCUACCACUGCGUAUUACACAGUGGCAGUUGAAACUUUACCGAGCAAGGCGAUUUUUGAGAGUAAAGAUUAUUACCGAAGAAUCAACCUUUCGAUCAAAAAAACAACCAUCAAAAUCGAAUGCGCGGUUCGCGAGAAAGCCAGCUUUGAAGUUUUGGCUAAUUUAUAG